AUGAUUAUAAACCAGGUAUUUCCCUCGGCAGUCAGAACACAAAAGCGGGUCAACGGAAAGAGGGUAUGGCAUUAUCCUUUGUCAAGAGUUGGCAAAAUAGUUGAUAUAGAGUCCGAUCGCAUCGAAUGGGAAAAUCUUGGAAAUUUAACAUUAGAUUUUGGUUGGCAUUUGUCGAAUAGAAAUGAUAAUUUUGUUGAGUGGAUAAAGAUUCCGUCCCAAGAUUUGUGCAACGGCAACAGGGUACUAAAAGAAGUUAAAAUCUUUAAGGAUUGGACUUUUGUAGUGCGAGUGAAUAAUCGUGCAAUUGAGAAAGAAACCAUUUGUAUACAAGAAAUGGGGCCUUCUCGCAAAAUGCUUAUUUAUCUGUUUCGUGUGCUAGAUGACUUCGAUAUAUGCAAAGGUUUUCCUGUGGAUUCAAAAAUUAUCACCAGAGAUAUCAAAGGAAAUGUAAAUGGAAUAACUGAACAAUGGCAUAUUCCUGCCAAUGGCAAUGGGGCUGUCGAAGAAGGCGACCGAUUCGUUUUAUUCCACCGCUCUACUGCAUGUAAUGGUUUACAUCAAGCUAACUACAAGCGAAGUUCACAAGCGUUGUGUGACCACUGCACUUUGCUAAAAAGAAAUUAUUCAGUCCUACCACAAAGUAAUGAAUUUACAGAAUUGAAGAGAGAGAGUUACAUGUCGGAAGCGGAAUUGAAAGAGAAAAUACGACGAGAGCAGGCUCGCAGAAGAAGUGCAGAAAGAAGAACAAAAUAUUUGCAAAACAAAAUUGGAAAAGAAAUGAAAACAUUCGAAGAUGAAGAUCACGAGGACAUCCUUUUCAUGUUCCAAAAAGUCAAAAAAGAUUCUUUAAGUGACGACAUGAAAAUAUUCUUUGAAUCGCAAGAAAAAGCGCUGGCACAAAUGAAUCAGAAAGGCAAUAGGUGGCACCCAAAGUAAGUUGUUUAUAAAUAUACAAUUUCGCUGAGACAGUCAUUGAUAUAUUUACGAAUGAUAUAUAUAAACAGGCUUCAUGUCCGAAGACGACAAAGUUGAUUUUAUUGAUUACAAAAUCCAAAAACGACAAAACUGUCCAUUUUCUUGCUGCUGUGUGUACAAAUCGUUGUAUUAACCCUUGUGAUGCAACAGAUUUUCCUUCUCAAAGUAUCCAUAGCAGUAACACAAAAACGAUAAGCAUAUCAACAAUUCCUAUUCUCGCAUUCGGGACUCGAGUAUCACACACUUAUUUAGUUACGAGACACGUCGAAAAUCAUCCUUCUUCUUCAGCUUGAGUAAUUAAUAUUAUGAUAGUAUUGAAAAUAAAAUAGUAAUAGACGUACAUUCGCUUCAAUCGCUUGCAUCAAUAUUGACGGGUUUUUUUUCGUUUGACAGGAUUAUAAGACUAUGUUUGUCUAUAUGGAACAGAAGUCCUGAGGCAUACAGAGAAUUGGGCGAAAGUGGAAUGCUUCGAUUGCCUUCUGGGAGACUGUUACAAAUGUACAAAAACUCAUGUACACAAAAUCCUGGCCUCAAUGAAUCAGUAGGUAAAUGGAUGACACAAGAGGCUGAUAAGAAAAAUAUAGGACCCGCCGGACGUGAGGGAGGCAUAAUUCUAGAUGAAAUGUCUAUACAGGUUAGUGAAUUGUCAUUUGACGAAGCAAUCUGGUAAAUUAUGCAGCUUAUGUCUUCACUUGUACAAUAUAUAGUACGGUCUACAUGUACAUUUUGAUUUUGAUUAUAUAUACACCUUUUCGAUAAUUACGGUACGGAUACUUUUUCAUUGCAGGCCAAAAUUAUUUGUUACGUAUAGUUGUUAUUUAUCGUUGAAUGUCGGUAUAACAUAAUAAAAUAUUAAAAACUCAUUUCUAUUACUAUGUGGUCACAACAGAUUAAUUUCUAAAAAUAAUGUCUCCUUUUUUUAUACACACUUUUAUAUUUAUAUCUGAAUCUCAUAUAUUUUAUAGGAAGAUUUGCAAAUGAAAUCUAACCAUGGUAAAUGGAAACUUGUAGGCAUUGUGUCCUUGGGUGAAGAAAACCGCAGCAUGCAAGCUAUUAUUAAAGGUCAGUAUUGGCUUUCACGUAGGCGUUAUACACAUACACGGUAGUCAACUUUACUUGUAUCGACGCUUAUGACUUAGGGAGAGAGCAAAUUAUGCUAAAGUGUAUGUAUUUGCCACCAAACACAAUUACAUAAAAUAAAGUAUAUAUAAGCAAGUCAUUUGAUAAAAUACAUAUAAAAAGUUACAAAUUAAUAAUAUUGAACAAAUAAACCACUCAGUGUUUCCUUUAAGUUGACCACCAUGUGCCGAUAUUGACGUCACGUUAAAAUAAAUAAUACAAUAGUCAAUAAUACAAAAUAAUCAUAUGAACGCGAAAGAAUGACGGGAAUAUAGACACAAGUAACGUAUUAAAAAUAUGCAUGCAGUGCACACAUGUUGCAAGCUAUACAUGUUGUGCUAAAUAAGAAUUUUUACGAUAAAAUAUUUUUUACACUAAUUGAAGAUUAAUGCAGUUCCUCUGAGUUUUAAGGUACUUACAUAUACAUAUUGGCUUAUUGAUGUCCGAUAAAAAUGUUUUUUAUAUAUAGCCUAUACUAAUGCAGUAAUGCUCUAUGGAUACUGCACUUGUAUAUAUAUAUUAAAAGCUAUUUACUAGGCCUAAUAAAUGUAUAAUGGAAUCAUGUCAUAUGUGGCAAUUUAACUUAAAAUCUAAUAAAUUAAUAUAUGAAUAUUUAUAUUAAAGGAGACGAAACCGUAGAGGUUGCGACACACGUCCUCCAAUUUGUGUUUCUCGGAAACAACGGUUUUCGUUUUCCGUUCGCACACUUCCCAACAACAGAAGCCGACUCUGCUACAAUAUACACGAAUUUCUGGAAAGCUGUUGGAUGGUUAAGAAGAUUUGGUUUCCAAGCAAAUUAUUCCUGUUUCGAUGGAGGAGAAGCCAACAGGAAUUUCGUUAAGAUGCAUUUUCAUGGGAAAGAUCCAGAAGCUGCACGAUUUACUACCAUAAAUCCCUAUACCAGGAAGCCAAUGGUUUUUAUGCUAGACCCAUCUGUAAGUUGAUAUAGAGCUGCUAUUUCAACUAAGGUUGUCAGCUGCUAUGAUCAAAUGUACUGCAUGAGCGCGAAAGAAUGAUAGAAAUUCAUAUUUUUCAAUAUGCUGAUUAUGAUUAUUCCUAUCAUUCUUUCGCGCUCGUAAUGUACAUUUGAAUAUUGUCGCUGACAACCGUAAUUGAAAUAGCUGUAUAGAACUUCAACAAUCGAAAUUGCAAGCUUCAGCUUUAAUUUGCCAACCAAUACACUGGUCAAAUUCUCUACACCAACUUAGGGGCUGUUUAUAUGGAUGCGAGCUAUCCCUGUUAUCCAGGCUAGCUUGCUUUCCCUAGACCGGCCAGCUCGGUCCCCAUAAAAACGCAAGAUAAAAUUUAAUUGGAAAUAAUAACGGAAUAAGGUGGGAUCUCGCAUAAACCGGACCAGGUCGGGUACCCGAGCUGGCUCGUCCCAUAUAAACAGCCCCUUAUUAUACAUUUCUCAAAUAUUUUUGCGGGAUUACCAUAUGGAUUUUUAUUGGAAAUAUUCAGUCGUGCAACAUCACUGUGUAUACGAGUUUUUGGGUUAUCCAGUGAAAUGAAUAACAAUUUCAAACAACUAAUUUCAAUUACAAUUAUAAUUGUAGCAUAACAUCAAAAAGUUGCGAAAUAACCUGGAGAAAAGUAGACCUAAUGGAGUAAGAUUGCUUAGUUAUGGCAAUAAUACCAUAGAAUGGAGUCACCUAUAUGCAGCUUAUCGAUGGGAUCAGUCAACAAAUUCACUAAAGCUCCACGAGCGACUUACCGAAGUACACUUCAAUCUUGGCUAUGCCACUAGAAUGAGGAAUCACUUGGCUGAAGAUGUUUUAUCAAUGAACAUGCUUAAUUUGAUGAAGGUAUAUUAUACAGUUGUAUCACCGUUACAUAAAUGCACAUUAUUAAGUAUCAGAAAUGUGUUUAUUUAUCUAAAAUAUAAUACGACGGAAAGUGCAAUAAAUGCAUGUAAACUUUAUGAAAUGCCGGCCCCUUCAAAUUAUUCUGCCAUAUAAAAUUCUUUCACAAUUUUGGAACAUCAAUUUCGCGGUAAAAAGAUUUUAACCGAACAGGUGCAUUGGAGUAAAUUUCAUGAGAGGUAUAUAUAUAUAGAUCUUUUGUAAAUACAUCGACAUCGUGUAUACAUGUAACACAAGUGGUUUAAUUUAAUUUUUUGGUUUACACUAUAGGCAUACAAGAAGUAUAUUCAGCAGACUACAGGUAAUAAUGCAGACUACCUGGAUAGAACCAUUGAGUUUUUGACCAUGACGAGCAAGAUUAUCCAGACUUUUUCAGACAAGAGACCUGUUAGUAGUUUAGCUGACCAUCGCCUGGCCCAAAAUCAAGAAGUGCUAGAUUAUCUGAAGAGAUGGGAAACGGAUGCUGCCGAACACGUGGAACUUAAGAAAUGCGAACAAGGGAAACGACUUCUGUCUCAUAAACUUCGAUUUGAUCUAGCAUCGAUGAUUAUUGGUUUCUACGAAAUAUGCAAAAUUGCAUUCAUACGAUUUCCUGGUUCUACCAUAUCACCAUUUCGUACAAACAGUGACUUGGUUGAAAACAUUUUUUGUCAAGAAAGAGGACAUAAUGGACAAAAUUCGAAUCCGACAUAUUCACAAUAUGGCCCCACUAUGAACAGCAUUAUCCUUGGACAGACAACAACUACGAAUCGCAGCAAUACCGGAUCAGUUGAGAACUUGGCGUUUUUCAAAAGAGAUGUUCCGUUAAAACAUAAAACUCCUAAAUAA